ACAAGCAGACUGCAGUCCAGCUCACCUUAUGGGUAGCAGAUGAAAUGGAUGUUAACAUUGGCCAUGAAGUUGGCUACGUGAUCCCUUUUGAGAACUGCUCUACCAGUGAAACGAUACUGAGGUAUUGUACUGAUGAUAUGUUGCAAAGGGAAAUGAUGUCCAGUCCUUUUCUGGGUAGCUAUGGGGUCAUCAUCUUGGACGACAUACAGGAAAGAAGUAUGGCCACUGACAUGUUGCUCGGACUUCUUAAGGUGUUAGUAACAAGACCUGAACUGAAGCUCGUAAUUAAUUCCUCACCUCACCUGAUCAGCAAACUCAGCUCUUACUAUGGAAACGUGCCUCUCAUUGAAGUGAAAAAUAAGCACCCAGUGGGUGUGUACCUGAGUGGGGCUCAGAAGGAGCAUUUCCCGUCUGUUUUACACCUUAUCUUUGAAAUUCACCAAUCUGAUGAGAAAGGCGACAUUGUAGUCUUUCUGGCCUGUGAACAAGAUAUUGAAAAAGCCUAUGAAAUUGUUUGUCAAGAAGGAUCUAACUUAAACCCAAAUCUUGGAGAGCUGGUGGUGGUUCUUUUGUAUCCAAAAGAGAAAUGUGCGUUGUUCAGGCCAAGUGAUGAAACAGAAAAAAGAUGCCAAGUUUAUCAGAGAAGAGUGGUGUUAACUGCUAGCUCUGCGGAGUUUUUGAUCUGGAGCAACACAGUCAAAUUUGUUAUUGAUGUGGGUGUGGAAAGAAGAAAGGUGUACAACCCUAGAAUAAGAGCGAACUCACUGGUCAUGCAGCCCAUCAGCCAAAGCCAAGCAGAGACUCGCAAGCAGAUUCUCGGCUCAUCUUCUUCAGGAAAACUUUUCUGUCUAUACUCUGAAGAGUUUGCCUCCAAAGACAUGCGGCCACUCAAGCCCACUGAGAUGCAGGAAGCCAACCUAACCAGCAUGGUGCUUUUCAUGAAAAGAAUAGACAUCGCAGGCUUAGGCCACUGUGACUUCUUGAACAGACCAGCACCAGAAAGUUUGAUGCAGACUUUGGAAGACUUAGAUUAUCUGGCAGCACUGGACAAUGAUGGAAAUCUCUCUGAAUUUGGAAUCAUCAUGUCAGAGUUCCCUCUUGAUCCCCAGCUUUCAAAGUCUAUCUUAGCAUCCUGUGAAUUUGACUGUGUAGAUGAAAUGCUAACAGUUGCUGCCAUGGUGACAGCUCCUAAUUGCUUCUCGCAUCUGCCACGUGGAGCUGAGGAGGCUGCCUUGACUUGUUGGAAGUCAUUUUUACAUCCUGAAGGAGACCACUUUGCCCUCAUCAACAUUUACAAGGCCUACCAAGACAUGGCACUGAAUUCCACCAGUGAGCACUGUGUUGAAAAGUGGUGUCAUGAUUACUUCCUCAACUGUUGUGCACUCAGGAUGGCAGAUGUUAUCCGAGCUGAAUUCUCAGAAAUCAUCAAGCGAAUAGAGCUUCCCUGCACAGAACCUGCUUUUGGCUCAAAGGAAAAUGCUCUGAACAUAAAAAAAGCUCUUCUGUCUGGUUACUUCAUGCAGAUUGCUCGGGAUGUGGACGGAUCGGGUAACUACUUAAUGCUGACACACAAGCAAGUUGCUCAGCUGCACCCACUGUCCAGUUACUCCAUCACCAAGAAGAUGCCAGAGUGGGUUCACUUCCACAAGUUCAGCAUAUCUGAAAACAACUACAUUAGGAUUACCUCAGAAAUCUCCCCUGAACUAUUUAUGCAAAUGACACCACAAUACUAUUUCAGUAAUCUGCCUCCUAGUGAAAGUAAGGAUAUCCUGCAGCAAAUAAUGCAUCACCUAUCACCUAUUUCAAUAAUGAAAAAUGAACAGAAAAUGUGUGAGACGUGCCCUGAAACUACUGAACAAAGAUGUACUAUACAGUGACUGUCCCUUCUACACACAGCAGGACAUGCAAUAAAUAUCCCCAAAUUUGCCUAACAAUUUGGUCCACUGGAGUGAUGUGCAGAUAGUCAGCACGGACAUACUUCCCUCAUACAGGUAGUCUUGAAAAAAUAACACUUUGUAUACUAUUUUAAAAUAAAAAAUAGAAGUUUUUAUUGAGUUCUUUAAAUUA